CCCACACUGGUCCUUUGUGGAUACGAUAGGACACCCCUGAUUUAAACAAACUCCUUCAGCUCAUGGAUUUGCUUAAAAACUGAACUUAAGUAAUCAGUUUUCAGAGCCUCUCUCAAUGCAUGGUGGCUGUGGAAUUUCUGUAGCUAGAGGUGAAGCUCUGAUGUCCAUCUGAUGUUCAGUGCUAUCUAUGCUUUCCUCACAAAAAGGUCCAAAGAUGCCAUUUUCAAAGCCUUUAAGGAUUUUUGUGCUGAUAGUUAUGUAGGUGCAUGUAUAGCUUAAGGAGAAGUCAUGAAGGACACGUGCUCAAACAAUUGCUCCUCCAUCUGAAGCUAAGGAACCAGUUUCUGGUUAAUACUGACUACAUGGGGAAGAAAAUCACCAGGGGUUAAUGAAGCUGGAGCUCUUUGAAUACGGGAUUUAGCUCAAUGAUAUUCCAAGACACUGAUCUGCAUGAGGAUAUGUUUUUCAUAGAGGCUACAAAGCAUGUCUACUUCUUUCUUCUAACAAUGGACUGAGGAAGAAUCAUUAGAACUAUUUCACUUAUUAAAGUAGCACUUUUAUGCUUUUUUGAAAUAGUGCUUUAGGGAGAUGAGCUCUGUCAAAGCUAUGAUGGUGCUCUUUUAUCUGCCGGAAAACAGAAACCUAAACAGUUUUGCUCGAAACACUAAAUGAAAACUCUGCUGUGCCUCUCGUGUGGGCGUGGUCAAGCCAGAAGUGGGCGGGGUUAACGCAGCGCGCACUCCCUAAACUGGCGCUGCGGCAGAGCGCGCGCAGUCCGAGACCUCUGAUUCCAUCACCAUCCGUUUGUACAGGACUCAUUGUUUCUCUUUUAUCACCUAGUAUCUUUACUCUUCGACUUCAAAACUCCCAGAUGCACCUGCAAUUAUCCAAUCAACCAUCGAUCAAUCCUGUGGCAGCAGCACAAUACAUAAAAUCAUGCAGAUGGGUCUCUCAAAAGCAGUUGAUCUCCUGGGAUUGUCAAGCACAAGAGUCUCUAGAUUUUACGCAGAAUAUAUUCAGCGAGAGGCAGUUCAGUAGACAAACAUCUUUUUGAUUACAGAAUUCAGUGGACAAUGGCCAGACUGGUUCACGCUGACGGUUUGCUCCUCUCAUCCAUGGAAGAAGAAUCUGAGAGAGACAAAGCCGAUAUGGGCAGAGGGACAUUGGAGCUACCCACAGUUUACACGAUUUCAGAUCUCCUCCCUGACAUUAACAUGACCAACAGCACCAGUCUCACAGAGGAGAUCCUAUAUUCUCCAUACUUCCAGCAUUCACUGGACAUGGCUGCCGUGUUCGUCCUGGCCUACCUGUUCAUCUUCCUGCUCUGCAUGAUGGGUAACAGUGUAGUGUGUCUCACAGUCCUGAGGAACAGGCACAUGUGGACGGUCACUAAUGUCUUCAUCUUGAACCUUUCCAUCAGUGAUCUGCUUGUGGGGAUCUUCUGCAUUCCCACCACUUUGGUGGACAAUCUCAUAACAGGUUGGCCAUUCAGUGACAUAAUAUGCAAGCUGAGUGGCCUUGUGCAAGGAAUGUCUGUCUGUGCCUCCGUCUUCACACUGGUGGCCAUUGCAGUGGACAGGUUUCGCUGUGUAGUUUACCCCUUUAAACCCAAACUAACACUUAUUGUGGCAAAGGCAAUCAUUGGGAUGAUAUGGCUGUUGGCUCUGGUCAUAAUGUUCCCCUCGGCCCUGAUGUUGACCGUCCAGCAAGAACAAAGCCACUUUAUGAUUCAAGAUGACAACUACAAUCUGACCUAUCCUCUUUAUUCUUGCUACGAGACCUGGCCUGAGCCUGAGAUGCGGAAAGUGUACACCACAGUGCUGUUUGCCCAUAUAUACCUGAUUCCCCUCAUUCUUAUCAUCCUUAUGUAUGGGGGCAUUGGAGCGAAACUGUACUCGACCACCUUCCUGGUCAAGGUGAACCAAACUGAUGGCACUCCUCAAGGGAAGUCACCUAUAUCGUGCAGGAAGAUCAAAGUCAUCAAAAUGCUCAUUGUUGUGGCCCUUCUCUUCAUGCUGUCCUGGCUGCCUCUGUGGACCUUGAUGCUGCUGACUGACUAUGCACGUCCUGAAGGGGACCAACUGGAUCUUCUGACAGGUUACAUCUUCCCUUUGUCCCACUGGCUGGCCUUCUCCAACUCUAGUGUCAAUCCCAUCAUCUACGGCUACUACAAUAAAAAUUUCAGGCAAGGAUUUCGGGCUGUUUGGAUGCAGCGACCAUCCUGCUGCUUGGACAAGCCUUCACAGGUCUGUCUCAGGAGGGUUAAGAGGGGCAACAAGACUUGCACUCGCUUGGACAAAGCUCUCAGUUCCAACACUCUGAACCUCGGAGUAAGAAACAAAAUUUACACCGACAAUGACCUAACGGGUUGUGUGCGUCUGGAGAUGGAACACAGGAGAGUGUCUAAGGAAACGAGAAGCUCGGGGGCAGAAGGGGGAAACAGGGGAACGGCGAUCAAAAGAGAGCUUCUGGAAGACAUCGAGAGGAUCUCUCCAACGGGACCUACAGCGUACCAGGCCUGGGAACUUUGAGUGGUCCUCCUCAAUAUGAGGCAGAUGGUCGUAAUGGAUGCUGAAAGUCAGUUUUCUAUGAAAUUUGCUCCUGCCAAUGAUGGAGAAAAAGAACGUAAAUUAAAGUGAAAACAAACAUAAGCCAAAAACACAAGCAGUAAAUUGCCUGUAUCAUUCAGGUGACCUUUGUGUAGAAGUCUCAUAUUGGAAAAGUAUAUAGUAGAUUGGGCCUAACAUGCCUGUAAGCAGGUCAUUUAUCACAUAAUGUACCAGUCAGGUAACAGAAAAUAAGCCCACGGAUAAAUGGAAUUGUGUAUUAGCAUCAAGGGACUCUCAGACCUUCUUUUUUUUUUUUUUUUUCAUUCCUACAGUGCUAUAAAUAUUGUGAUAAUGUUAGUUUUACACAUGAUGAAUGUCCAAUCUUUGGUUACGCAAGGAAAAAAACAUGCAUGUCUUAACUUUCUUAUGAGAAAGUAAAGCUUCUAAGCUUACUUUCCACUAGAGUCAUUAUUCACGGGCUGCUGCUUCUUUAGCUUCUGCUUUGUUCAUGCAGUUAUUUUCCAAACCUGUCACUUUUCCUGCUUUGCUGUGGCUUUCCCUUCACUCAUGCAUCAGAAAUACAUUACCAAAUGUAUAUAUUGCGUUUCUUAUUGGCCUGGUGAAUAGUACAAAGCUAUUUACAUACUUUCUAUGCUGCAGUUUGGGAGCAUGUGUAAAAUCUCUCACAUGAGCAAAUGGUUGGUUCUGUAUGGGUAAGAAAGUAAGAAAACCACAUUCCAUUACAAAUUUGAAGUGGCUUAUAUCCAAUUGCUCCCAAAAUGCGUCACAGAUCUGAUUUGAUGCAUAAUGCAUGAAGGCAAAAUCAUUUUUUUUUUUUUUUUUCCGAAACAAAUUUGACCCACAGUCAUAUAUUUUUAUAGAUCAAAAGAAUAUCUGGUACAUGGCCAUGCAGUCUUAAUGAAAAUCCCUCUUCACUGUGCAUGUGUACUGCUGAAUCCUCUCCUAAACACACAUAUCCCUCAGCACAGGAGUGUUCGUGAAAGCGGCAAAAAUGGCAAAAACACCGCAUCUGACCUUUUCUGGUUCAGGAACAGCCCAUAAUCUGUGUGCUGAAGGCUUUUAUUUGAUGUAUGCAUGGCUGCAAGAAUAGAUCAUUCUGACAAAUAUGACUUUUUGAUGUGGUUCAGGGUGCUUCUGAAUUGUGCACAUUAUUGAAUUUUUUUUUUUUUUUUUUAGUGAAUCAUUUGUGUAUACAGGUCUGAGUGCAGUAAUGACAUUUCUAGUCACAGUAAUAACAGGUCUGUUCAGCAAUAAUUGCAGGUAUGUUCACCCUAAUGACAGGUCUGUGCACAGUAUUUACAGGACUAGUCGCAGUAAUGACAGGUCUAAUCACAGUAAUGACGGGUCUGUGCACAGUAUUUAUAGGACUAGUCGCAGUAAUGACGGAUCUAAUCACAGUAAUGACAGGUCUGUGUACAGUAUUUAUAGGACUAGUCGCAGUAAUGACGGAUCUAAUCACAGUAAUGACAGGUCUAAUCACAGUAAUGACGGGUCUGUGCACAGUAUUUAUAGGACUAGUCGCAGUAAUGACAGGUCUGUUCAACACAAAUUACAGAUCUGUUCAUGCUAAUGACAAGCCUGUUAACAAUAAUGAAAUGUCUAUUAACCCUAAUUACAGGUCUGUUCACACUAAUGAUAGCUCUGUUCACAGAAAUAACAGGUCUAUUCACACUAAUGACAGGUUUCUUCACAGUAUUGACAAGUUUAUUUACAGUAAUGUGUUCACACUAAUGAUGGCUUUGUUUACAUUAAUAACAGGUACGUGUGACAGAAAUGUGGACGUUAACUAAGACAAAGACUGGAUCUGAAGAAACCUUUUCUAUGAGAUUCCUAUUGGUUGAGAGUUCAUGGGUCACCAUGGAAACUCAUACAGUCUGUAAAUUCGCAUGGCUGGGCUAUGAGCUGUGAGAGAUACUGUGCAUUCUUGGGGCAUAUAUGGAACCCCAUGGAAAUUCAUGACACUCUCGCUUCUACUUAGCUGUCCACAUUGCUGGAAGAGAUCAAAAGUCAGGCAUCCAGAAGAUGCCAUGGUUCUUCCAUGAUAAUUCCCAUAAUCAUAACUGGAUUGUGAGCAAUAAUGUACUAUGAAAUCCCAUUAAAGUCCUAUAUUCUUUUAUAUAUUCAUCUUCGGAAAGCACUUUGUCCUGGUCAGGGUUGUUGAGGGUCUGGAGCCUAUUCUGGGAACACUGGGCGUUAGGCAGGAAUUCACCCUGGGAUCGACACCAGGCCAUAUCGCACCUAGGGGCAAUUUCUUAGCCAAUACACCUUGUGGCAUUUUUAGGAGGUGAGAAGUAACCAGCGAAUCUGGAGAAAACCCACUCGGACGCAGGGAGCACGUGUGCAACCCGACAGCAACCCGAGCAACACCAUCCCAUAUUCAAGGUGUGCUGAUUCACAGUGGGGUUCUAUUCGAAUACCCACUGAAAAAUUUCAUGGGAAUCUUAUGAGAAUUUUCCAAAGAGGAAAAAUUAGAAUUGAGCUUUAAGGUUGGUAGUGUGAACACAUCUGAAUUUGAAAGAUUAGUGUCUGAUGGGAAAAUAGAUAUUUAUUUUAAGUUAUAGUUUUGCCAUUCUGUUUUUUUAGGGUUGAAUUUGGGAAUUUAAACCCGAAGUUCAGACAUUGAUGUAAAAAAAAAAAAAAAAAAACUUUAAAACAUUAAAAAUUUGCUUUCAAAAGGAAAACAAGGACAAAAGUCAAGAAUUUAGCUCUGCAAGUCAGAUGACUCAGAU